CUUUAUUUUCUGAUGAUGUUUGUCCCUCGCGCGGAACCGUUGGGUCGUCCAGGAGGCGUGACUAGGGGCGGGAAGUGGGGCGGGAGCGAAGCUGUGGAGCCGGGGCUGCCGCUGUCAUGGACGCCUGGGUCCGCUUCAGCGCUCAGAGCCAGGCCCGGGAGCGGCUGUGUAGGUGCGGCCCGAAUAGGAAUGGGGGGAGGGCGGGCAGAGGAAGACCUUCUUGAGGCGAGGGCCGCCCAGUAUGCUUGCUCCCUUCUUGGCCAUGCACUGCAGAAACAUGGGGCCAGUUCUGAGUUACAGAAACAGAUUCGACAACUGGAGGGUCAUCUGAGCCUAGGGAGAAAGCUUCUACGCCUCGGUAACUCAGCAGAUGCCCUUGAGUCAGCCAAACGAGCUGUGCACCUAUCAGAUGUUGUCCUGAGAUUCUGCAUCACUGUUAGUCACCUCAAUAGAGCCUUGUACUUCGCCUGUGACAAUGUCCUGUGGGCUGGAAAGUCUGGACUUGCUCCCCGUGUGGAUCAGGAGAAGUGGGCCCAGCGUUCAUUCAGGUACUAUCUGUUUUCCCUCAUCAUGAACUUGAGUCGUGAUGCUUAUGAGAUUCGCCUACUGAUGGAACAAGAGUCUUCAGCUUGUAGUCGACGACUGAAGGGUUCUGGAGGAGGAGUCCCAGGAGGAAUUGAAACUGGGGGACCUGGGGGUCCAGGGGCUCCAGGAGGAGGUCUGCCUCAGGUGGCUCUGAAGCUUCGGCUCCAAGUCUUGCUCCUGGCUCGGGUCCUUCGAGGUCAUCCCCCUCUCCUGCUGGAUGUGGUCAGAAAUGCCUGUGAUCUCUUCAUUCCACUGGACAAACUAGGCCUGUGGCGCUGUGGUCCUGGAAUUGUGGGACUUUGUGGCCUCGUGUCCUCCAUCCUGUCUAUUCUCACCCUAAUCUGCCCUUGGCUCCGACUCAAGCCCUGAUAUUCUGGUAUAGGAUAAGGAGGGGAUCUGAAUUGGUGAGAUGGAAUUUUAGAUUGUCCCCGUGUACCGGCCUCAUUCUAACUCCACUCCUUGGUUAAAGCUAAAAUCCAGAGAUUUGGGAGUAAGAGGGAGGAGCUUUGGGGAAGAUGAGGUGAAGAGAGGUGACUUGUGAAGUCACUUGGAUGAGUCACUUGUUCAGAUCUGCUAGAACUUUUGUUCUUUUCCUCCUUCAUUGCAUUGUCUGUGUCUCUCUUGACUCUUUUUACUGUCUCUUAAGUCUAUUUAAGGUUCUGUCUCUGUAUCUCUUUUGUACCUUCUCAGUCCCUGUCAUAGGAAUUUAAUCAGCAGGAUUACUUUUUGGUAUGGGAGGUAGAAGGUAUGGUCUAUAAGGUUCUAACUGCCUUCUUCUUUUUCCUCACAAAGGUGACUUGUGGCUGUUAUUUUCCCCUUCAGACUCCAGAUUUAAUUUUGAAGGCUUGAUGUCCCAGUGGACUCUUCCCACAUGCACCAGAAGUAGUUUCAUGCUUCCUUUUCCUCUCUCAUGUCUACCUCACCAAGCUUUCUCAUGAUUUGCCCUUACCUUUCCCUCCACUCACACCUGCAGGUUUCUGCUUACACUUUGAUUUCAGGGCCUUGUUCUAGCCUUUCCAUACCCCUUCUUUGCCUAUCCAGAAUGAUGCUAUGUUUAGCAUCUUGUUGUAAAUACUGUAUAGUGAUUCUGUGUAAAUAGCUGAGGCCCAAGCCCAUGAUGGAUAGCAAAGCCUUCCAGGUUAGCAAAUUAAAGAUCAAUUUGCUCAUUGA